CCGGAAGUGUGUUUUCUAUCCACCGUUGGCGCUUUGACACUCGUGCGUUCAGGCGUCGGAGACACACACACAUAAGCUGUGCACACACAAAGAAAGGCUCGUUAUGUCUGAUGAAGAUUCGCGUUCCAGCACCAACUCUUCCUCCUCUUCAUCGUCAACACAUCAUCAGGACUCAAACACACCGAAGAAACGAGAAAGCAAAGCCAGCAUGAACAAGUCCUCCAAACUCCUCUGCACCAGUGCCAAGAGAAUCCAGAAGGAGUUGGCUGACAUUACAUUGGAUCCACCACCAAACUGCAGUGCUGGUCCUAAAGGAGACAACAUCUACGAGUGGAGGUCCACCAUCCUCGGCCCCCCCGGCUCCGCGUACGAGGGGGGGGUGUUCUUCCUCGACAUCGCCUUCACACCAGACUACCCCUUCAAACCUCCCAAGGUGACUUUCCGCACCAGGAUCUACCACUGCAACAUCAACAGUCAGGGUGUGAUCUGUCUGGACAUCCUGAAGGACAACUGGAGUCCUGCUCUCACCAUCUCCAAGGUGCUGCUGUCCAUCUGCUCCCUGCUGACUGACUGCAACCCUGCCGACCCUCUGGUGGGAAGCAUCGCCACACAGUUCACCACCAACAGAGUGGAGCACGACCGGAUAGCCAAACAGUGGACCAAACGCUACGCCACAUAAUGAACCACAGCAGGGGGUGAUUUUUAUCUCUGAAAUGAAAAUCUUAAUCCUGACGUUUUUGUUGUUUAUUGUAUUUUUAUUAUAAGUUAUCUCCGACCCAGUUAUUCCCAAACCUGGCAAUAAUGCGUUUUUUGUUUGUGCUUGAAGAUGGAUGCUAAUGCUAAUAUGCUAACUGUCACAGCAUGAAUCCCAGUUCCAAAUAUAUCAGUGUAACAUAUUCUCACGUGUUAAAUUCUCCCUGUUUUUGGAAAAGGUGUUAAGAUAUGGAUGGAUGUUGGUUGUGAUUUGUGUUCUCUUCCGAUGACUAGCUUGUUCUGUUUCUCUUCAGUAUUAAACAUUACCAACUGCCUUUGUUUCAAUCAG